GAAGGCUGAGAUGGAGAAAGUGACGGCAGUUAGAACUUGGCCACUAGUGAGAUGAAAUUCUGGGAGGAGACGCUGGAGCACUGCGGGGUACCACAGCCGAAGCGACGCCUGAGAUUGGAGCGCCUGGCAAACAAUCUCUCUGGAUCCUGCUCUCCUGCACAGCCAAAGGAUGAGAGGGGACGACUUUCACUGUAGUUGCCAGGGAUGUCAGUGCGCCACAGGAAAGUGUCCACCUCCAGCAUGUCCAAUGUUAUGUUAUUCCUGAUGCUCUGCAAGACUGGCCAGAGACAGAAACAUCGGACAUUUUGCGGGAAAAUGGUAAACACCGUCUACAGGGAUGAGGAAAAGGGAAUCCAGGACAAGGAGAGUAAGGAGGAGAGCAUCUUGGCCAUGUUGGGCAUCAUUGGGACCAUUCUCAACCUGGUGGUCAUCAUCUUCGUCUACAUUUACACAACGCUGUAGGCCAGAUCAUUCGAGUGCUGAGCACCACCUGACCUGUUUUGAUGAACCCUGCGUGGGAGGAUGAUAACAAAGAGACUUUCCAAAAGACAUGCAGGACUUGAAACUUUGAAGUCCGCGUGGCUUCUAUCAUGCAUGUCUUCAGACAACAGGAUUUGCUCAUUUUUAUUUCAACAAAACAUUUGAGCGAACAAUGGAGGCCAAGGCUAAAAACAAACAAACAAACAAUCUGCUUGGGUUGCACGCAGAAAUGCAACGUGCUAGUUCGAUGGGUGACAACUCGGAUAUCUUGGUGAAAUGUUUCAAGGGACAAGAGUGAAAUAAUUCUGCUUCUUUGCUACACAGAACUGAAUCCCCAUUCUGUUUAUGACUUGGAUCGCUGUCGUUGAAGUUACUCUUAGCGAAGAUAUGUCUAUCUCAACAUCGCGCCAGCUGCGUAUUUUGUGCAGUUAAAAAUACCAGUCGGGAGGGCGUGACCUCCACGAUGGAGACUUGUUUUCCACACCGCCCAGAAGAAAGGAUUUCCUUAGCUCAAAGAAAACAAUGAACCAGGCAAUGCGAUUCAAUGAUAUUAGUGCAUCUUCUUAAAGUUUUUUUGACAGAGAGGAUCGACAGCCUUUUAACUGCAACAUGUGUUCAGCUGUGGUUUGGAAGGAUCACCGCUGGUGGAGCCUCAUCUUGCUGAGUCACACUAUCAGUGCAGUUCACUGUAUUGAGUCAGCAUUAGUGUGGUUGUUUUUCUGAGUUCAACACUUAUUCACAGACUUUUAAAAAUAUUUUUUAAAGAAACUCACUCAAAAAUGUCCUUUACAGCCUGCUCCCCUUUCCUCUUCCAAUACAUGCAUCUGUGUUUUUCUUUUUUUGUUACUUAAACUUAAAACACUGAGGGUAAGAUCAACCAUGUCCUGAAGAGAAUCCACGUGUCACACACACUCACUGAUUUGAAGUAAAUGUUUUAUCAAUUGCUCAGCACUUAAGUCUCACAAAUCCAUCAAAUUUCACUUACUGGAACGGAGAGGUGUCAUGAAACAGUGUUUUGAGAAGCCACUAAAUGGCACUCUGCUUUAUAAUCUUGAACAACAAUUUCAACAAAACCUCAACAAACUGAAACCAGAUCCAGAACUGUCUGCCUUAAAAGCACGAGACAACCCGACGAAGUGAACAUUGAUCAGGUACUUCCUACUUUGUGAAAGGUAUUAAUUGUACAAAUGUAUUUUUUAUUCUUCCUUCAGUGGAAAGUUUUAUAUGAAUUUUUCCUAUUGUAGUUUUUGAGUGAAACUGUCUGUUCUUUCGCUUGCUACUGUUUUUCUAAGAGAGUUCUCAGCACUGCUUUCUCUCUCUCUCAAAACAGAAUUAGCUUAAACACAGGAACGAACAUUUUUGUGCGUUCUAUCAGAACAAACUAUAUCAUGUUUUAGCUUUUGAGUAAUAUGGAUUGGUUUGAAAGCAAUGCCAGUCAUUAACAAAUAAUUCAAUUUCGAUUUAACCUGACAGAAUUUUGCAUCUCCUACAUGAAAUUUACCCAUAGAAUCUUUCACAUUCUCGUUUCAACUCAUUAAACAGUGCAUUUCUUUGACAAUUAUUCUAAGCAAAGGACCGUUUUAAAUCAAAUUAGUUAACUACUGGUGUUCGGUCCAUAUAAACUAUAUGAUUUUUACAAUGCACCUACAUAAUAAAACCUCUUAUUGGCUCCAAAUGGACUUUUAUUAGAUAUGCACUCCACUUGAAAAGCUUUGCUUGUAGCAACCCAGGAGUACACGCUAUGCAGAACAUACACAAGAAACUGAAAAUCCAGUGGACUCAACCAUUGGCUCCAUCCUAUUGACAAUGUUUAGGUUCCAUUCUCAGACGCCCUGGCAGGAAAAUUUUAUGCUUAAAGGCUCUAAAUAAAGUGAACUAUAUUUAUUCUUAGAUUUAGAGUUUGGGCAUUUAUAAGAUGUACACUGUGUGUGUAAUGGUCAAGUGACAUCAAAUCUUUUUCUUCAUGUUGACGUGAGGUGCCAAUUACAUCGACUCCAGAUUAUGGGAAAAAAAAUAAUAAAUAAAUAAGAUGUGCAUUGUGUACAGAAUGUAAGCAUUAUUGUGUUUGUUCAUCUAAAAUGUGGUUGAUUCAGAAAGUGCCUGAGACUCAAGUGUCUCAACCUCACCAGUCAAGAAGAAGAGCGGAGACUGGACACUGCUUUUAUAACGCAAUUGGUUUGAAUAAGGAUUGCGUCGAAGAAAUCGGAAAAAGCACAGAGACGUUUUCUACGAAUGUAUCCUGUCACGACGUAGCAUUACCUGUUGGGUUCCAUAUACUUCCUUCCAAUCUAUGUAAUCUGAAUUUUUUAAAGUGUAUGCAAGUUUUAUUUGAAGGCACUGACAUGUGGGUGAUAAAUGCAAGAGUGCAACUUUUUAAUUUAUUUGUGAUA